AUGGAGGCCCUCGCAGACACGUCGUGGGAUGUAACAAUCUCUGGGACAGGGCUCGCGCAGUCGCUGCUCGCAUUAGCCCUGUCCCGGUCAGGCAAGAAAAUUCUCCAUGUGGACAAAAACACAUAUUACGGCGGUUCCGAAGCCGCCUUUAGUCUCGAGGAGGCGCGAGAGUGGGCGGACUCGGUGAAUCAAGAUCCUCGCCGAGGACCAUUCGAAGACGUCUCCAUUCACGUACCGUCAACCACAUCUGAUGGGAAGAAAGCUGCGGCCUCGAGAGCUUACACUCUUUCUCUUUCGCCAUUCGUUGUAUACACUCGCUCGAAGCUUCUUCCUACUCUUGUCUCAUCCAGGGUCUACCGCCAACUGGAAUUUCAGGCAGUGGGAAGUUGGUGGAUCUGCGGGCAUUCUGCGGCUAGCCGUCUUCAACGAGUACCAAGUAGUCGCGAAGAUAUAUUCGCUGAUGACUCGAUUAGCAUGAAGGCAAAGAGGAUGCUGAUCAAGUUUCUUCGCAGCAUCAAUCAACCAGCCCAGAUGGGCGGUGAUGACAAACCCGUCGUUGAAGAGGAUCUGGAUUUACCAUUUCCUGAGUAUCUGACGAGUAGAUUCAAUGCUCCUCCUGAACUCUACGAUGCACUGGCGUCUCUGUCUCUGAGCCAGCAGUCGCCGCAGCAGACAAGUGCAAAAUUUGCCGUGCCUCGGAUUAAGCGACACCUCGCUUCAAUAGGGCUGUUUGGUCCGGGCUUUGGCAGUUUGGUUUCCAGAUGGGGCUGUGGUGCAGAGAUUGCCCAGGUCGGUUGCCGGGCGCUCGCAGUGGGCGGCGGCGUGUAUGUCCUCGGUCGAGGGAUCCAGUCCAUCGAUGCACAAAAAGACGAGGAUGGUUUUCACCAAGUCACCCUAUCAGAUGGCGAAGUAAUACGCAGCCGAUAUGUUGUAGGCUCGCUGUGGGAUUUGCCCGUGGAAGAGAAUGGACCUCGGAUUGCAACACACAAAGUGGCACGAUCGAUCUCGGUCGUCUCGUCGUCAUUAGGUCGUCUUUUCCCACCUACUGCUGAAGGCGGUCCAGUACCAGCAGGGGCGGUGGUGGUUGUCCCUGGACAGGUUCUUGCUGGUGAAACCGCAGAUGCGCCACCAAUUCAUUUACUGAUUCACUCCAGCGAGACGGGAGAAUGCCCUAAUGGACAAUGUGUCAUUUACGGAAGCGUCUCGAUAUCUGGCCAGGAAGGUCAGGGACUUCUCCAAAAGGCAGUGGAUUUGCUACUCGAGUCAUUUGCUGACAGCGGAGACGAACCGACUGUCUUGUGGAGACUGUGCUUCACGCAGAUUGGAUCAUUGGACCUGACCGAUAGUGUCGACAAGAUUCAUCGCAGUAGCACUUCAGAUCAGGUCCUUUUUUUUCCACCGCCUAGCCUUGACCUGGCCUUUGAUGACGAGGUUGUGGAGAGCGUGCGGGCCGGAUGGAAGGCUGUCGCGGGAGACGAAGCGCAUGAUGAUAACGAUUUUAUGAAAUUCGAGGACCGAGAGGACUACGACGACGAUUGA